AUGGCAAAGACACCGGCGAUAGGCAUAGACUUGGGCACAAACUACUCGUGUGUGGCAGUGUUUCAACAUGGUAAAGUGGAGAUCAUCGCCAAUGACCAGGGCAAUAGGACGACGCCCUCGUACGUGGCGUUCACAGACACGGAGCGACUGAUUGGAGACGCGGCUAAGAAUCAGGUGAAUAUGAAUCCGUCGAAUACGGUGUUUGACGCCAAGAGACUGUUUGGUCGGCGCUUUGAUGACCUCCCGGUUCAGUCAGAUAUGAAUCACUGGCCCUUCGAUGUGGUGUCGGAUUCGGGCAAACCUAAGAUCAAAGUGGACUAUAAGGGAGAGUCGAAGUACUUCUCUCCCGAAGAGAUCUCAGCGAUGGUGUUGAUGAAGAUGAAGGAGAUCGCGGAGGCAUACCUGGGCGCACACGUGUCCAAUGCCGUGGUGUCAGUGCCCGCCCUUUACAACGAGAGUCAGCGUCAGGCGAUCAAAGACGUGGGAACUAUCAGUGGUCUCAAUGUCCUGAGGGUUAUCAGUGAGCCGACGGCCGCCGCCUUUGCGUACGGGUUCGACAUUAGGGGUCAGGGAGAUCAUGGAGAGCGCAAUGUCCUUAUCUUCGACUUAGGCGGCGGUGCGCUCAACGUGUCGGUCCUGACCAUCGAAGACUGUAUCUUUGAAGUGAAGUCAAUGGCCGGAGACUUGCAUUUGGGAGGCGAGGACUUCGACAUCCGACUCGUCAACCAUUUCGUACGUGAGUUCAAACGCCGGCACCGAAAGGAUUUGUCGGUGAAUAAGCGAGCGAUGCGUCGGCUGAGGACUGCCUGCGAGCGCGCGAAGAGGACGCUCUCGACCUCCACUUCGGCGUCCGUCGAAAUGGAAUCACUCUUCGAUGGCAUCGACUUCUACUCAACGAUCACGAGAUCCCGGUUUGAAGAGCUGAACGCAGACCUGUUUCGGUCGACUCUGGAACCGGUGGAGAGGGCGUUGAGGGACUCCAAGCUGGACAGGGGUCAGGUGCACGACAUCGUACUGGUGGGCGGGUCGACACGGAUCCCCAAAAUCCAAAAACUUCUUCAAGACUUCUUCGGCGGUAAACAACUGAACAAAAGCGUUAAUCCGGACGAAGCGGUCGCAUACGGGGCCGCAGUUCAGGCGGCGAUCCUCAACGGCGACAGGAGUGAAGCCGUGCAGGAUCUCCUGGUGCUCGACGUGACCCCCCUGUCACUGGGCAUUGAGAGUGCGGAUGGAGUGAUGACCACUGUUAUCAAACGCAACACAACUAUCCCCACCCGUCAGACCCAGACAUUGACUACCGAUUCGGACAAUCAGUCGGUAGUUCCCGUUUGGGUGUAUGAGGGGGAGGGAGCCAUGACUCGAGAUAACAACCUUUUGGGCAAAUUCUGGUUAACAGGCAUUCCUCCGGCGCCCAAAGGUGUGCCUCAGAUUGAGGUGGCCUUUGAUGUCGACGCCAACAACUUUCUCAAUGUGUGGGCCGUUGACAAGACUGGCGGCGAAGAGAAUACGAUAACCGUUGCUAACCAUAAGGAAAGGCUUUCCAACGCAGAGAUCGAGCGGAUGGUGAAGGAGGCGGAGGGGUAUAAGGAGGACGACAGACAUAAGGACCGCAUGGGAGCCAAGAAUACGCUCUCGGGGGAUAAGAUCCCCGAAGAAGACCGCAAGAAGAUUCUCGACAAAGUGAAUGAUGCCUUCAAUUGGUUGGACACGAAUCAGUUGAGAGAGAAGGAGGAGUUCGAGCGCAAGAAGGAGGAGAUGGAAGUCGUGUGUAAUCCCAUCAUCAUUAGGCUCUACCAGACCGCCGGCUCUGCUCCCGGAGGCGCCUCUGGUUGCGGUCCCACCAUCGAUGAGGUUAACUAA